AUGGAAAAAAAGAGUUCUCAAAUAAGAAAGAAUAUUGAGAGGGAGUUUAUCAAAGACAAACGUGCUGAAGAGGCUGCAAUCUCCAAUAUACAGAAAGCUUUUUGUAAGAAAGCAAAGGAGAUAUCUACCUUAUGCGGCAUUGAGAUCGCUAUCAUUAUUUUUUCAAUUGUAGGUCAACCAUUUUUAUUUGGAAUUCCAAAUGUUGAAUCGGUUGUCCGACGAUUUUUGAAGGCCAAGCAGCCAAUUGCAGCCCUCUCAAGUGGUUAUAUAUCAUAUCAAAAGACUAGUGGUCGCAAAAGAAAGGAGGAAAUGUACAAGAAGAAAAAGAAGGUAGAAGAAAAUAAGGACAAAGAAGAAGCUCUUGAAAGUAUUUUCACACACUGUCCAUCAGAAGAUUUCAAUCUGACUGAUUUGGAAAUGUUUGAAAAAUUAGAUCAAAAAAUCGAAAAACUUUUAGAUUAUUUGAUUGAGGAAAUUGCUCAGUUGCAGUUUGUGAUUGACGCAGAAGAUCCAAACUUUGCACCUGAAAUGAAUGUGACUAGUUCUUCGACUUUACCAUCUAAUUGGUUAAGUCUCUAA